UCAGCAAGAACUUCCUUGGACAGUCACUCUAACGUUGGCAGUUCUUUUGAAUAUGCCGCUUGAAUCAAGGCCCUCAGCUAACUCUGCUAAGAUGCAAACCAAGCGGAGUGCCUGGACUCCUCUGAACCAUCCACUCAUCAACACCAAGAUUUUUGAUGAGAGGAGACUCCUUCUGGCAAAAUGGUUUGACAGGUGGUCAGACAGUCAGAGGAAGGCUGUGCUGCAGGAUUUUAUGCUGAACUGUUCUGAGGAGCAGCUCCAGUUCCUGAACCUCAAAGUGAACAAGGUGCUCCCCCUGCAGACGGCAGACUUCACCUGCCUGCUGCCCAGAGUCCUCUGCCUCUACUUAUUCUCCUUCCUGGACCCUCGCAGCCUCUGUAGAUGUGCUCAGGUGAGCUGGCAUUGGAAGAGCAUCGUGGAGCUGGACCAGCUGUGGAUGCCUAAAUGUCUGAGGCGGGGCUGGUGUAUUACCUUCUCCCCCUCACCUUUUGAGCAGGGCGUCUGGAAGAGACACUACAUAGAGUCAGUUCAGGAGCUGCAACUCAGACUGCUGCAGACACAGUCGAUUCCACAGGAGAUUAUAGUACCUGAUGCUACAGCAGUGAGUGGUGGAUGCAAAGGAGCACCAGAACCGGUUUACAAAAGCAAGGAGGGUCCACUUUCCAGCUCCCAGCCUCCUGCAACCAGCUCAGGAUUAAAGACAGAAAAGAAGGCAAAGGCUUUGCCACCAUGGAGACACUCAGACAGACAUCCCAAGGAUACAAUACGCUUCAACUACCUGGACAACCUGCAUCCCAUCGAUCAGGCCCUGACAUACGGUGGAUCCCAGAGCAGUGAAGGGAAGAGGAAAACGCUCUCUGAAGCUAGUUACAAACUACGCAAAGCAAAAUCAAUGAUGUUCCCGAGAACCCAGCGCUCCUCUCCACCUCCUCCUUAUUGUCUUCCCUCAGAUCAUCAGAUCCAAACUCGCCCUUUAUGGGCUUCUCCCCCUCAGGAGCAAACUUUAACCAAGGAGACGGCCAUGAGCCUGCUAAAGCAAACCCAGUGGAACGCAGGGAUCCGACCCAGGCCGGUGAGGACUCCAGUACCGCAGCUAAGCAUGCAGGCCCUCAGGGCAUCCCAGCGCUCACAGCGGAGCCCCCCCAGUAGACCACUGUUCAAUGUUUGAAGUGGAGCUCCACACUGCCCCCAGCAGGGCAGGAAGAGAAGCACUGAGCACAGCUGUUACCCUUUUGGAUUAUUUCUUUUAAAUCUUUCUUAUAGUUUUUUGCCAGGAAUAAACAGAUAUAUCUUAAGGAAU